AGCCCUCCAGUAGAGAGUGUUUGAGAGCGACUUAUUAAUAUGAUUACGUUUGUUCAUGUUGAGCAUCUGUGAACAUGCUGAUUUUGAAAGUUUCACUGUAGUUACAAAUUGCUUGUGAACAUGUGAAUUAUCAUGCGAGAAGACUUUAUCCACCAAACAUGACUUUGAAGUGAAGCAUGAAAAGGUCGUUGACUUCGCGACUUCAGUUGGACCAACUCCCAAUGCAUUUUAGGGGGGAUAGCCUUCGUGUACUUUAACUUGAGACAAGUUUUCACGACUUAUUUACUCGGAGAAAUGUUUUAAAACUUAUAACCGAGGACAGUCCAAGACAUGGUUUCAAAGCAUGGAAACAGACGACGUGUCGGUGAGAGAGCAACUAUUCCACGACCGAGUUCGCGAAACCAUUAUUUGCGUGCUGCUCUUCAGUUGCCUGUACAUCUUGUCCCACCUCAUUCUCACUCACUUCAAGAAGAAUGCGGAGUUUGUCACCGAUGACAUUGAGGAUGCCAUUGUCAACAGAAUUGCGCUGUGGCUGUGUACAUUCACUCUCUCUGUGGCCGUGUGUGCAGUGCUGCUCUUGCCCAUCUCCAUUCUGUCCAAUGAAGUUCUGCUCACAUUCCCACACAGUUACUACAUGCAGUGGCUCAAUGGAUCACUCAUCCGUGGCUUGUGGAACCUAGUCUUCUUAUUUUCAAACCUCUCUCUGGUCUUCCUCAUGCCAUUUGCCUACUUUUUUACUGAGUCUGAAGGGUUUGCAGGGUCCAAAAAGGGUGUUAUGGCACGGGUGUAUGAGACUGCAGUGAUGCUGCUGCUACUCAGUUUGCUGAUACUGGGCAUUGUAUGGGUGGCAUCAGCUCUCCUCCAUCACAACACUGCCCGUGAGAGUCUUUAUGAUCUGUGGGAAUAUUACCUGCCUCAUCUCUACUCUGGAAUCUCACUCUUUGGAGUUCUGUUGCUCUUGUUGUGUACACCCUUUGGGCUGUCACGUAUGUUUAGUGUCACUGGGAGCUUAUUGGUCAAACCUCGGUUGUUAGAGAAUGUGGAGGAGACAAUGAACUGUGCAGCAUUUGAAGAGGCCUCUCUCUCCAGGAAGCUGAACAGUAACACCUCCUGCUGGAUCAGUGUCAAUGUAGAUGCCAUCAACAAGCAAUUUUUGAGUGUACGGGCCAAACGCAUUGCUUUAGAAUUGCGGAAGAGAGCAUCUCCUUGGCAGCGCAACCUGGGAUACCCACUGGCUAUGCUGCUGCUUUUAGCUUUAACUGCGGUGUGUGUGCUGAUGGUGUGUUUUCAUGUACUUGAACUUCUUUUUGAUGAGUCUGCAAUGCCUAGAGGAAUGGAGGACCCUCACCUGGGGCUUGCUUCUUUCUCCAUGCUUGGCUCUUUGGGAGCUGCAGUGCAGGUGGUUAUUAUCCUGUAUCUCAUGGUCUCUUCAGUCGUUGGCUUCUACAGCUCUCCGCUCUUUACUGGUUUACUGCCGCGUGCACAGGACACCACCCUCACACAGAUUAUAGGGAACUGUGUGUCUCUUCUAAUACUCAGUUCAGCUCUGCCUGUCUUCUCUCGCACACUGGGAAUCACAAGAUUUGAUCUUCUUGGAGACUUUGGACGGUACAACUGGCUCGGCAAUUUCCACAUUGUUUUCUUGUACAACAUGAUGUUUGCUGGACUCGCCUCGGCCUGCCUCAUUAACACAGUCACAUGGGCCUUACAAAGAGAACUCAUCCGAGCCUUUGGUCUCCACCGGCUGCCUUUAACAGUGUCUCGAUCCACCAUCCCCCUCAAACUUCUCCUGGCCAAUGGGCUCUCAAAGAUUCAGUGAAGAGCAAUCAUCUAAUUGGUCAUAUCAAUGGCUGUUGAACGCCUUUACCUUCUGGAGAAGAUUCCUGUGGCUUCUGUGUCCUUGUGGACCAGUACCAUGUUGUGUUCAGUCCAUGACUGGUGAAAAGUCACCAAAGCUGUCAUCUCACUGGUUGGCUGAUCAAUAUACUUUAGUAUGUUGACCAAUUGGUUCUUCUCGGUGGGAUUUUGCUUCUACAUUUUAAUGUAAAUGUUUACCGUAGUAAUAUUAAGCAUAUUGCUACAUUUUAAAACAGGAAAAAAGGGAUCUUUCUGUAGCACCUUCUUAAUGGCAGAUCACUGAAGACCACUUGAACAAAUGCCUUAUGAAAAAUUAACAAUGGCUUUUGACAUGUCCAGACAGCAGAGCUAUUUCAGAUGAUGACAUCACAGCCAUGACCGGGUUUCCUUUUCCUGGUGGUGGAAUGAGAGUGUUGAGUUCUCUCCUGGUGGGCCCCCACGCUUUCCCCUUGUAUACUACUAUUUUUGGUGUCAUCCAACGAAUCCAGUCCCUGUUGUACUGUGGGAGCUUACUGCACUGCUAGAGGGAGAGAUUCACAGGACGUUCAGUCUGACAUAUGAUGGGGUUUGUCUACUUACUAAAACAAAAAGAAACUUUUUGGGGAAAGGAUGAAACUGGACCAACGCUGAACUUGUUAGAGAUUAUAUACCCGGUUUGAGGAACAAAUGGGUAUAAGGUUUAAAAGAAAAACACAUUUUGAGGAUACGUCUUGGAGCGUUCAGGUUUUAAAAUGUAUGCAAAAAAGAAGUAAUGCAAGCAUGAUGGCUGGUUCUGGUUUCUAGCUUUAGGCCAAGUUAACUGUGAAUGUUUGGGGUUUUCCCUGUGUUUGUUAUUCCAUAUGUGAAUCUUUAAUAUGCAAUAUGAUAUUGUCAAGUUAAUACACCAUUAUGCAAAUCUAACUUGAUUUGUUCAGAUGACCAAAUGAGGCAUGCUUGUGUCUGUUCUAAUUAAAGACAUUGUUCCCCCUAAAUUAAAAUUAUCUCAUCAUUUAUUCACAGUCAUGUUGUUCCAAACCUGUAUGACUGAAUGACUUCUUUGGGACACAGAAGCCUCUGCAUCAGUCACCAUUGACUUUCAUUGUAUGGAAAAAAAGAUGCAAUGCUAGUGCAUGGUGACUGGAGCUAACAUUCUGCCUAACCUCAUGAUGUGUUCCACGGAAGACAAAGUCAUGUGGGUUUGAAGGGUGAGUUAAUGAUGACAGACUUUUAAUUUUUGGGUGAACUAUCUCUUUAAGAACAUCCAGAUUGGGAAGGUCAAAGUUUGGUUAGUUUGGAACUUUUUAGGUUGAGCUAUGUAGAAGGACAAUCAAUGCACAUGACCAUUUCCUUUUUCAUGGAUACUAGGGUGCUGUGAUUUAGAUAAAUGUGUCUUUCUGAUAUGAUAAUCACUCAUCAUUAUUUUAUAUGGUGCAGUAUUAUUUAUGGUGUGCACAUUUGAUUUGCUGAUCACUGUCAUUUGUAUGAUUCCGUUAUUUAUAUACAAAGUUUUUCUGUAACAGCAUCAUUUUAAUCAAAUCUCUUUCAAGUGGUGGCCAGUAGGGGACAGUAUGUCACAAAUGCAUUACAUUUUAGCUCUUUACAUCUCAGACUUUUGGAAUCUUUAGAAAUCUGUUUUUCUCUUAAGUCUAAGCAUACAUUGUAACUUUCACAUGUUGUUUACGAGAUACUUGCAUAAAUCAGAAUGUGAUAUUUUCUUUUUCACUGAGUA